AUGGACGCGAAGGUGCUGAGCUUCGGCGACGUCCUUCUGCGCGCGUGCGACGUGGCGACGCUGGAGCCGUCGCAAUGGCUCAACGACAAAAUCAUCGAAUUCUACUUCGAAUACCUCUCGCGAACCCUCCUCGCCGCAUCCGACCCCUCCGCAUCUGCCGCCGGCGCUGCUGCUGGGACAGCUAGCAGCAGCGCGGGAGGAGCAAGCAGCAGCAGCUUUGGCGCCGGUGGUGCUGCUGCUGGUGGUGCGGCGAGAGGGGAGGGUACUAGCAGCAGCAGCGCUGUACUAUUGGUGGGCCCGUCGGUGUCGUUUUGGCUCAACAUCUGUCCGAGCGACGAUGACGUCACGGAGACCAUGGCUCCCUUGGGCGUGGAGAGCAAAGAGCUCAUAGCCCUGGCAGUCAACGACAACAACGACCCCACACUUCCCGAGGCAGGCUCGCACUGGAGCCUGCUGCUCUUCAUUAGGUCGCGUCGUCUCUUCCUUCACUUUGACAGCGCCGGCUCGCACAACCUGGAGGCAGCCAAGGGACUUGCAGAGAAGCUUCAAGCCCUCCUAGGUGUUACUGUGACUGACGACACUUUCCAAUCAGCAUCUACACCUCAACAGCUAAACGGGUACGACUGUGGGGUGUACGUACUCGCUAUAGCAAAGGCCCUCUGCGAGACCGCAUCUGCUGCCCCCGAGGGGAAAGCAUCGGCAGAGGAACUGGAAAGAUCAGCCAAAGGGGUGGAUGCGGCAGCGGUUACCAAGUUACGGGGAGAUGUGAAGCAGCUCAUUCAACAUCUGGGGAAGCAAAGCAAGGAGUAA